AUGGAGCAGAUCAUGGAGCCCAUCCAGAAGACCCUCGUCGACCCUCUCCAGCCCUACCUGCGACCCGUCGUCUCCUCCCUCCCCGAACCCGUACACGAUGCCAUCAUCUCCUUGAUCGGCUCGCCCUGUCACAACACGCUGCUGGUGGAUCUCGAUGUCACCAAGGACCCCGCAUGCACAUCUCUGGCGAUCUCCAAGGCGCUGGGCAUUGCCAUCGUUGGCGCCAGUGCGAUCGUGAAGGUGCCCCAGAUCUUGAAGUUGAUCGGAUCGCGCUCCUCGGCCGGCGUGUCGUUCGUGUCCUACGCGUUGGAGACCGCCAGCUUGCUCAUCACCCUGUCGUACAGCGUGCGCAACCAGUUUCCCUUCAGCACGUACGGCGAGACCGCCAUGAUUGCCGUGCAGGAUGUGAUGGUGGGCGUCUUGGUGUUGACCUUCGCGGAUCGCCCUACUGCUGCGGCCGCGUUCAUUGCGGUGGUUGCGGCCAGUGUUUACGCGCUCUUGUUCGACCAGACUCUGGUUGAUGCGCAGACCAUGGCAUACCUCCAGGCCGGGGCUGGUGCGCUGGGUGUGGCCAGCAAGCUCCCGCAGAUCCUGACCAUCUGGCAGGAGGGUAGUACUGGACAGCUGAGUGCUUUUGCUGUCUUCAACUACCUCGCCGGCUCGCUCACCCGCAUCUUUACCACCCUGCAAGAAGUCGACGACAAGCUGAUCCUGUACGGCUUCAUCGCCGGAUUCAGUCUGAACGUCAUCCUGGCGGGCCAGAUGCUGUAUUACUGGAACACUCCCAGCAAAACCAAGAAGCAGCCCGCGCGUAAGCAGACUGAGAAGCCCGCGGCCGUGAAGAGCACGGGGGCGUCUCCGAAGCCGUCCGGACGGACGCCAACCACGCGCCGACGGGGCUAA